CUGCAGCUAGUUAGCUGGAUGGCUGCCGCGGCGAUGAGCAGGAUGCGCUCACUCGCCGGCGUUGCACCACUAGUGGUGGCAGCGGCAGUGCUAGUAGUCUUGUGCAGUGGCUCAACUGCUGCAGGGCCGCUCGAGAUCGGGUUCUACAACAAGACGUGCCCGGCAGCGGAGGAGAUUGUGCGCGCCGAGACGGCGAGGAUCGUCAGGGUUUCGCCGGACCUCGCCGCCGCGUUCCUCAGGCUGCACUACCACGACUGCUUCGUCCAGGGGUGCGACGCGUCGGUGCUGCUGGACUCGACGCCCAACAACACGGCGGAGAAGGACUCCAAGCCCAAUGGCAGCCUACGGGGCUUCGACUUCGUGGCGCGAGUCAAGGACAAGCUCGAGAAGGCGUGCCCGGGCGUCGUCUCCUGCGCCGACAUCCUCGCGAUCAUGGCUAGGGACGCCGUCAUGCUGGCCAGGGGGCCCUCCUGGCCCGUCGCGCUGGGCCGGAGGGACAGCCGCACCUCCAGCGCCGGCAGCUGCGGCGAUCUGCCCCCGCUGCAUGGCGACAUCGCGCUCAUGAUCCAGUCCUUCGCGGCCAAGGGCCUCGACGUCAAGGACCUCGUCGUGCUCUCCGGCGCGCACACGCUCGGCAAGGCGUACUGCCCCGCCUUCGCCGACCGCCUCUACGCCACUGCCGGUUACAGCGCCGACCCGGCCCUGGACAGCCGGUACGCCGACAGGCUGCGGAUGCGGUGCACCAGCGCCGACGACACCAGCAGCACGGCGGCAACGGAGCUGGACCCCGGGAGCUGCACGACGUUCGACACCAGCUACUACCGCCACGUGGCGCGGAGGCGCGGCCUGCUCCGGUCGGACGCCUUCCUCCUGGACCACCGCUUCACCAGGGCCUAUGUGCUGCAGGCCGCCACCGGCAGGUACGACGGCCACUUCUUCCACGACUUCGCCGUGUCCAUGGCCAAGAUGGGCUCCAUCGGCGUGCUCACCGGCGACCAGGGCGAGAUCAGGAAAAAGUGCAACGUCGUCAACUAAUGAACUGAACCUAGCUCUUCACUUUUCUAUCUGUACGUAGCUAGUAGCUACCAUCUCGAUCUAUCUUCAUUCUGUCAACUACUGAAUUAGCUAGGUAGAACAUACACAUUAUUUGUUGUUCAGUUUUUCUCUCGUAGUCAUGGGGCAUACAUUCGAUCGAUACUUGUAUGGGUUUGAUGCAUUGUUGGCCAUGCGAUAAUUCUCUAGC